GUGGGGUGGAGCUGCCGGGUGUGCGGCCGCGCCGGGGCCGUGGUGAUGUGUGACCGGUGCCAGCGCUGCUUCCACCUGCACUGCCACCUGCCCGCCCUGCUCGACGUGCCCAGCUCCGACUGGACGUGUUCGCUGUGCCAGGAGCUCCCCCCGCCCUCCGAGGCCCCCUCGGGCCAGGGAACCCCCGCCCGGCUGAGCCCCCUGGACCAGCAGAGGUGUGAGCUGGUGCUGCUGGAGCUGCUGUGCCACGAGCCCUGCAGGGCCCUGCAGCGCCCGCGCGGCCUCGCGGACAAGGUGGGGCUGCAGUCCCUGCUGAGCGUCCAGAGGUUCCUCGAGACCCGCCUGAGCCGCGUCUUCGGGGACAGGAAAUUCUGGGACCACCCAGGGACCUCUCUGCAGCCUGAGCCCCCUCCCCAGGGGGGCUGGGACCAUCCGGGGUCACCCCUGGCAUCCUGGGACCCCAAUUCUGCUGCUCCAGGGUCCUGAUCCCCCUCCCCGGGGUCCUGAAACCCUCCCUGGGACCCCAAUCCCCCUCCCCGCGGUCGUGAUCCCCCUCCCAAGGGUCCUCCAAUUCCCCCUGGGACCCCAGUUUGUUCUCUCUGGGACCCCAAUCCCCCCUCCCAGGACCCCAAUCCCCCUCCCCAGGGUCCUGGUCCCCCCUCCAGGACCCCAGUUCUGCUCCUUGGACCUAUAAAACCGCUCCUGGUCCUUCUUCCCUGUGGGUCAGGAUCUGCCCGGCUGUGACCCCGGGGGGGUCCUGGCAGGG